CACAUGUUGAUCAUGGAAAAACAACACUGUCUGAUUCUUUGUUGGCCUCGAAUGGAAUAAUAUCUAGUAAGCUUGCGGGAAAAGUAAGAUACCUUGACAGCCGAGAGGACGAACAAGAAAGAGGAAUAACUAUGGAAGCAAGUGGCAUUUCACUUUAUUUUCAAAUUUUACGUAAAGCUAUGGAAAAAGAAGAAACUAUAACAAAUUCUGAUGAAUAUUUGAUAAAUCUUAUUGAUGCUCCUGGACAUGUCGAUUUUUCAAGUGAAGUCUCGACAGCAUCCAGGUUGUGCGAUGGUGCUUUAAUUCUUGUCGAUGUUGUCGAAGGUGUUUGUACACAGACUCACACAGUGCUCCGCCAAGCUUGGGUAGAGAAUGUUCGACCCAUCCUGAUUCUAAAUAAAAUAGAUCGACUCAUUACUGAACUGAAAUUAACACCAUUGGAGGCCCAAGUUCAUCUAAAUAAAAUUAUUGAACAAGUUAAUGCAAUAGUGGGAACUUACUUUGCCGGUGAUGUGAUGGAAGAAGAAACAAAAAGACACGAGGCUGAGAAAGAAAAACUCUUACAUCAAGGAAAAGAUUUUGAAUCUAUGAGUUCCGAUGAAGAAAUAUUUGAGGAAUAUGAUGAUUCUAAUAUAUAUUUUACACCCGAGUCUGGCAACGUUGUUUUUGCUAGUGCUCUUGAUGGAUGGGCAUUUAGAAUCGAACAAUUUGCUCAAAUAUACGCAGCAAAAUUAGGUAUUAAAGAAUCCAUACUUCGUAAAGUACUCUGGGGUGAUUAUUAUCUCGAUCCAAAGACGAAACGUUUUUUGCAACACAAGCAUCUCAAAGGGCGACAAUUAAAACCAAUGUUUGUUCAAUUUGUGCUGGAAAACAUAUGGACAGUGUAUGAUUCAGUGAUUAUAAAUAAUAAUCGAGAGAAAGUUGAAAAGAUUGUCAAAAAUAUUAAAGAAAAACCAAUAAACGAAGUUGAACAUGGAUUAUUUAGUUGUAAUGUCAGUGAUUCUGCACCUGUCGUUGCAUACGUAUCAAAAAUGUUUGCUGUACAUUCGGAUAUGUUACCGGAAAACAGAAGAAAACAGUUGUCUGCUGAAGAAUUGAGAGAAAAGGGAAGGCUUCAAAGAAUAGCACGGUUGCAUUCUUCAAAUACUCGUGCCGGAGAAGAGCCAGCCUUAAAUACAGCUGCUUCAGAUA